UCCUAACGCGGAAGCCUCUCCCGGAACAGAAGGGUCCCCAAAGGGAGGGGCCAGGCCCGGGGCCCGACCAUGGAGCCUGUCUCUCUCUGGAGUCCCCAGACGGUGGCUGCUUGGAUCCGAGGUUUGGAUCCAGUAUUACAAGGCUACCCCACUGAGACGUGGGGGCUGACUGGGAAGGGGCUGCUCCGGUUAUCCUAUCAGGAUUUGGAGAAUCUGGGGUUGAGCUGCAUCGGCCAUCAGGAGCUCCUUCUGGAAGCUGUAGAGCAGCUUUGUGUCUUGAACUAUGAGCUGACAACCUCCAACCUGAGGAAACUCACAGAGAAGUUGCAAGGGAUCAUUCAGACGAUUGAGGUCUGCAUUCUGAGUCGCAGGAAAGUCAGCACCUAUGACGGAGCUGCUACCGAAAAGUCCAGCUUAGAUCUACUGGCUUCUGUGGUGGAGUUGAUCAGUGCAGCCAAAGGCCUCUUUUUAUGGCUCAACAGGUAUCUCUUGUCCCACCUGCAUGAUUACUCAGCCAGCCGAGACAUCAUCUGGCUUUGUGGCGAUCUGGCAGAGACUGUGCAGAAGGACUACACUGUGUCUGAAAGAGAGGACCGGAUUUUGUUGAUCGGAAGACACAUCUCUGGGAUCUGUGAGCACAUCUUGCAUUGCAGCCCAGCUAACCUCCUGGAUCAAACAGCCAUCUUGGAAACAGUAGAACUUGAACCUGCAGGUCCAGAAGAUAGUUUGGGCCUGGAGAUUAAGUCCUUGCCUUCCUGUGUCCAUUUGAUAUCAGGGACUGCCCAAGAGGCUCCAGCUGAGCACUGCAGCAGGGUCUUCCCAGGCGAUGAAAUAGUCCAAGUCAAUGACCAGGUGGUGGUGGGAUGGACCCAGAUGAAUCUUGUCAAGAAGCUUUUGGAAUCAUCAAGCCAAGUGACGCUGGUGCUGAAGAAAAUCCCACUGGUUUCUUCAGAGACUCCCAGUUCCCCAGGAUCUCCUCCUUACCAGCAAGAGCCAGAUGCUUUCUUAGAAGCCCUUAGCUCAAGAAAGGAUGACCCUUCAACCAGCUCGGGGUCACCAACAUCCAGCAUGACAGCUGAAUUCGAUGGAACCCAGAAUUCUGCGCUCAAUCUCCCCACUGCUCAGGAGGAACAGAAAGGAAUUGAUUGCAGGCAUCCUGUGGGUAACACCUGUGGCCUGGAGGAGGUCCUUUCUGGAGCAGAGGCAUUAGUUGACCCUGCCCUGGAGAGGCAGGACUUUGGAGCAGAUGCCAUGGGACAUACAUCUCCAGAUGCUGCCAUCCCUUCUAAUCCCAGGAAGCAGGAGCAUCAACUGGGAGACUCUCUAAGGCCUGAGAAUGGAUUUGUCAGAGGACAACAGCGGCUGGCAUCAGCAGCUUCCAAGGAGGGCAGCACUGAAAUUCGACAGAAGCAAAAAGGAGUCACUACCCGACUAAGCAGACGGCGCAUCUCCUGCCAGGAACUGGGAAAAGUGGACUGUGACGGUUGGCUCUUAAAAAAGAAAGACCAUGUGGGCUUCAUGGCCCAGAAAUGGAAACGGUUUUGGUUUGUGCUGAAGGGGCACAACCUUUACUGGUACAGCAAUCCCAACGAUGAGAAAGCUGUGGGGUUGAUCAACGUGUCUGCCUACAGAUUGGAGAGCACCAAGGAACAGAAAAAGAAAUAUGUUUUCCAACUCACACAUGAGAAGUACAAGCCCUUCAUCUUUGCAGCAGAAACCCUGGCUGACCUGAGCAUGUGGGUCAGCCAUUUGAUCACAUCUAUGACAAAAUAUACAGUACCCCAUAAAUCUGUGCCACCUAACCAAGAAGAUUGCUACAGCGAAACAGAAGCAGAAGAUCCUGAGGAGGACUCUCCUAGGCCGAGCUUCGACCAGCCAAAGCAGAAGGAAUUGGAGAAAGCUCAGUUGCCGGCAGGAGCUGUGGGGAGUAGCCAAAACCCUCCGGCCAGCCCACUUGUCCAGGACAACGGAGAUGAGAAAACAGCGUCUCCCUCUUCUCCAGAUCCAGCAGGAGAAGAACUUGAGUCGCUGAUCAAGUGUCUGAAACAAGGGGGAGUAUCGCUUAUUGGGGAACAACAGGUGUUCACCCGUGAAUAUUACCGGAAAUCCUUUGUCAAACGGAACAAGAACCCAAAGGUCAACGAGAAAGUACAUCUGAUUCGGACUCUUCAAAGCACACUCAAGGCCAAAACUGCUGAGCUCCAAUUACUUGAUAUUCUACUCGAGGACGCCCAACUGACCUCUGAGAAAUUCAGGAGCUGGAAAGAACAACAUCAGGAGUUAUACCAGGAAAUACAGAUGUGGUGGGAUAAAAAGCUGAGCCAAGACAAUGACGCAAUAGACUCAAGUUUCAACCUCAUCUUGGAGGCAGGUGCAGCUCCGUGACAUCUGUCUGUAGGACCUGUGCCCCAGGGGCUAAAAAGUCCUCGCCCCAGCUCCACUUAUGCAGCAUCAGACAGAGCUGCAGUUUUGCCAUUUCUGACUUCUGGACACGAACAAUUUUAUGACAAGCUUCAUCUUUAGAUGGCGUUGGGAUUACAUUUGGGGCAGCCCCAAAGUUUUAUCCAGACAGCAACACUGGCCCCAAAGGGUUCUCUCAUUCUAGAGAGAUGGAUUACAAAGGCAGUUGCAACUGAGAAAGGUGGUUUCUGAGAAAGGCGGUUUUUAUAUAAUGAUGGAAAUUUCCUGACUAUGCAAAGUGGAAGAUCAACACAGCAGGAGACGGCUAAGCAUCUGGGAAAGAGCUGGCACUGACUAGCACAGACUUUGUGCCCUUCAGACUUCUUCAAAACAAGCCAUCUCCUCCAACAUGUUUCAAGUUGAAACCUUCUCUUGGGUAUAUUGAGUAACUGAGAGACAACACAGUAAACCACAGUUUGUGGUUUUCAACGAUGAUAGCUUACAUUGCAAACCAGCUUGCAUUAGAAGCAGAAUACUGUAAACAUAUAAGAAAUGAGUUAUAUAAAUA